GCAGGAAGCGCGCGGAUCCGUAGAAGGAGCGCGUCUUUUUUGCGCCUGCGCACAAGCUCCACUUCCUUUCCUACAUCCCGAUCGAGAGAGACGAGAUGGGCCAUCAGCAGCUCUACUGGAGUCACCCCAGAAAAUACGGCCAGGGAUCCCGAUCCUGCCGGGUUUGCUCAAACAGACACGGUCUGAUCCGUAAAUACGGACUCAACAUGUGCCGCCAGUGCUUCAGACAGUACGCUAAAGAUAUCGGCUUCGUCAAGCUGGACUGAUCUCGUGACAGCUGAACUUCUGUGAUGUGGAGUCGACGUCCUCCAGCUCACCAUCUUAGCAUCAUGAAGUUACUCUGGAGCAUUCAAUAAACAUUGUUUUUGUUUCUGUUCAGAA